AUGUUGCGAGACGUAUUACGUUCAACAUAGUCUUGCCAUUUCGGUUCCGGAUAGGGUUAGCGUGUUUCUCGCUAGGCGAUUUCCCUAUACCGGUUUGGCGUGUUCUUAAGAUGUCGCAGGAGCUCCUUAGCCUACUAGCCGCCGGACGCAGCGCCUUAUGUCCAGAUUUCGCAAAUGUCAGGUCGGUGCAGAGCGUUAUGGCGACUUUCUUCCGCGUUGACGUGCGGUUCAAUGUGGUGCAAUGUGGUGAGACGGCAUCGUUGCCAUCCCAACCCAACAUUUGCCACCUAUAAAACAGCUCCUCGAGACAUGACAAGCUUUAUUAGGAGCGAGCUAGCAAGCAACAGCCCGACUCCCAUCAGAGCUUCCGCCCUCGAAUCUCAACUUAGGGUGCUUAGGGUAAAUGAGAUCUUCCGCUCGCAUUUCCGACUCUCAUUUCGCGCUGCCAAGGCGACCGCAUUACCAUUCAGACGCGCGCACAGUAGACACUGGUUUUGAAGGGGGUCUUUCAAGGCGCAUGCUUUUCAAGUCCCCUCCCUCCUCUGGUGACGGUUCCGCGAGCCGUUUCGUACAUCUCCGAGACAGUUCCGCAGUUCAAGUUACUUCGCACGCAUUUUCGCCGAGAUCGUUAGGUUCUUCUCUCCCUGUGAGAGAGCGGGCGGAGCCUACGUGCUGAGCGGGCGGAGCCUACGUGCCUGUUCCCUCACUGCAUCCGUGUGUAAUGAGUCGAUUUUUGAGUCGACACAAAAAUCCGUGUGUAAUUACACGCGGAGCCUACGUGCCAGUUCCCUCACUGCAUCAGCCGUUUGGUUACGCUGUCGAGGUGACUUUUGAGUCGACUCAAAAGUCACUGCAUCAGCCGUUUGGUUACGCUGUCCCGACCGUUAGCGUCGCUCCAAUCGAGGUUACGGACUUAGGUUGGUCGGGGGCUGGACGCAUUCUGUACUUAGGCUUAAAUGUCCACAGUGGAGCGUAACUACCCUCCCCCCCGUCAACCUUACGCGCUCAUUGCAUCAGCGAGAGUAACGCGGUUCCUUCACCGUUCCUCCGUCGCUGUUCCUCCGUCGCUCUUCCUCCGUCGCUCUUCCUCCGUCGCUCUUCCUCCGUCGCUCUUCCUCCGUCGCUGUUCCUCCGUCGCCGUCUUCCCGUCUUGUCCCGUGACGGAUGGGCUCUCUGACGGAAGGAUCUGACGGACGGAUCUGACGGAAAAUCUGACGGAAGAUCCUCGUGACUGAAGUCAAGUGGCGGAAGGAUCUGACGGAGGGAUCUGACGGGAGGAUCCGAUGGACGGCCCUGAUGGAAGGGCCCCGCGACGAUCGCAACGAAUCUCGCAAAAACGUGAGAGAGGGCUCAACACGGGCUCUGGGGAGAACCAUGCUGAGACUCUGGCGACGGGAAAAGCGGCGAAACGGGGGGGCGGGGGCGGGGGCGCGGGGAAUUCCACGCUGAUAUCCCAAGGGGAGUAUGAGAGAGAGUUAGAUAGGAGGUUUGUUGUGCCUGAUGAUGCGGCAACAGUGGGAGGUGGGAAGCGGAGGAGAAGGGCCGAAGGAUUGCGCUCAAAGGAUUUGGACGACGAGGAGGAGUAUGAGAGGGAGCUAGACAGGAGGUUUAUUGUACCGGAUGGGGUUAUAACGGGGGGAAAUGGCAGGGGGCGGAGGAGAGGGGGGCGCAGGGGAGAGGGUGGUAGGCGGAAAAGGGGAAGGGGAACAGCAGGUGUGGGAGGAAGGAGAGCGUCGGGGAAGAGAGGGAGAGAGGAGGCGGAGGAGGAGGAGGCGGAGAAGGAGGCGGAGGAGGAGGAGGAGAAGGAGGAGGAGAAGGAGGAGGAGGAGGAGGAGGAAGGAGGAGGAGGUGAGAAGGAAGCAGGUGCAGGGGGUGAUGUUGGCAAUGGGGAUAGUGAUGAUGACGUGCUAGAGGUUGUGGGGGGGUGGGAUGAUGAGCAGUCCUGUGAGGAGGAGCAGAAUGACGAGGACAGAGUGGAAAUGGAAGAGCAGGAGGGGCAUGGGGAGGGGCAGGGGGAGGGGCAGGGGGAGGGCCAGGGGGAGGGGCAGGGGGAGGGGCAGGACGAUUGUACAUGCGAUGUAACAGAGAACAUCUGUUACAUAUGCGACAAUGGUGGUAAUCUGAUCAUGUGCGAGGGGCCCUGCCUCCGGUCCUUCCAUCCCAAACCUUCUUCCCGAGCCGACGCUGAGGAGGUUCGGGACAACCGGUGCACCACAGUCGGGAUCACCGAGCCUGAGGCGCGGGCUGAGAACCCGUGGCUGUGUCCUAAUUGCAGGUCCGGGCUGCAGGUGUGCUUUAUCUGCUACAGGCUUGGGAGGGUGAGAAGUGUGGGGGAAGGAGGAGGAGGAGGAGGAGGUGCGCGAGCUGAGGGGGAAGGAAGAGUGGGAGGAUUGGAAGUAGAGGGGAAAGGAGGAGUGGGAGGAGAAGGAUUAGAGGGGGGAGGAGUAGGAGAGAGUGAAGCAGAGAGGGGCGGGGGAGUGGGAGGGGAUGGCGCAGAGGGGGGAGGAAGAGUAGGAGGGGUGGAAGCAAGAGGUGGCGAGGGAGUGGGCGUAAGGGGAGUAAGAGGAGUGGGAGGGGUUGGAGCAGGAGUUGGAGGAGUAGGAGGUGCAGGAGCAGAGGAGGGAGGAGAGGGGGAUGGUUCAGGGCACAAAGCAGGAAAACAGGAAAUUUCUGAGGGCAAGGGAGAAGGGGAUGGAGAGGUAUUUAUGUGCGGAGCAGAUUUUUGCGGGCAGUUUUUUCAUGCUGAUUGCGUGGCUCCAUGGAUCGUGCGCCUGAAACGCCUGGAGCCACCUGAAAUUUCACCUGAAGUUUCACCUGGUGUUUCACCUGGCGUUUCACCUGAGGACAGGGAGAUGGUCAGGGCGGAAGAGGUGAAGCGGGUGGCUGAUGGCAUUCGCGGUCGGGCAGCUGGAGAGGAUAAUUUUAUCUGCCCCAGGCACACGUGUGUGCGUUGUCGAAAGGGAGGGAUUCUUUCUGGUACUACCAGUGGGGAUGGUGCUGCUGGUAGUGGUGGUGGGGAUGGUGCUUCUGCUGCUGCUGCUGCUGCUGCCGCUGCAGUGGGGAGUGCUGCUACUGGUGGUGGUGACGCCACUGCUGCUGCUGCUUGUGAUGGUGGCAAUGGCUCGGCUGCUGCUGCUGCAGAGGCUGCUGCUGCUUCUGGGAAUGGCCGUAGCAAGAUUGGUGAUGUAUCAAGGGCGGAUCUGGACUCAGAAAAGAACAAGCUCGUGCCAUGCCGUCGCUGCCCGACCGUUUUCCACUUGCAGUGCCUGCCCAGAAACCUGCCCAAAAGCAAUCGGCGGGCAGGCGAAGGAAGGCCGCAGCGGGUGUGGGGACUAAGCAGGGAGUUUGGGGGGGAUGGGGGCGAUGGGUUUCCCCUCAUGCUGUACUGCGACCGGCAUCGGAUCGUCCCGGGGCUGGGAACUCCUGCUAGGAAUCAUUGUCACUUUCCUGGGUUGGAGAGAUGGGGUGAGGGGAGGGAGGUGUGGAGGGAGUGGGGAGUGGAGGAGGAGGAGGAAGAGGAGGAAGAAGUGGAAGAGGAAGAGGAUGAGGAUGAGGUGGGGGAAGAGGAGGAAGAGGAGGUGUUGGGUAGGUUUGGAGAGGGUUAUAGAGAGGAGUGGAGGAGUGAGAGAGCACGAUCAACGCGUCUGAACGUGGUAGGGAGGGCGGGAGGCGAGGGCUUGGAAGAAAGCAAGAAGAGAAUAAGAGAUGGAGGUGGGGCGGUGGGGAAAAGGGAGAAAGAGUCGGAUGAGGCUAUGGUGGUGGGGUGGUGGGGAAAAGUGAUGAGGGGGCCGAAGGGCGGGGGGGGGUCAGUGGGAGGAGGGGCGUCGAGAGGUGGGGAGGGAGGGAAGCGAGCAAAGUCAGGCAAGGGGGGGGGGGUGGGGGAGGUAGGGGAGAGAGGGAAGGGGGGAAAGGUGGGGGAGGAAGGGAAGGUUGCGAGAGGAGGAAAGGUUGGGAGUGUUCGUGGACUUGGAAGGGGUGGCGUCACUUUGGGUGGUGCAGCCAGUGCUGGUGGUGCUGGUGCUGGUGCUGGUGCUGGUGUGGGUGCAGUGGGCGCUAGCGCUGGUGCUAGUGCUGGUGCAGUCAGAGCUGGUGCUGGUGCUGGUACUGGUGAGAGGGGAGGAGUAGACAGGGGAGGGAGUGAGAGGGGAGGAGUAGACAGGGGAGGGAGUGAGAGGGGAGGAGUUGACAGGGGAGGGAGUGAGAGGGGAGGAGUUGAGAGCGGAGGGAGUGGGACUGCACUGGUUGGAGGGUUAUCAAUGAGUGACUUAGUGCAACGGGCACGACUGGCGACCGCUCUUCACCACACCCCUUCUCACCAUACUGCUUCUCACCAUACUGCUUCUCACCAUACUGCUUCUCACCACACCCCCGCUCGCCACCUCCCCUCUCGCCACAUCUCUUUUCACCAUACUGCACCGCACUCUACAUCCCUUCACCAAAUCUCAUCCUUCCAUACCUCUCGUUACCCCCCAUCCGUUCAUCAUACCUCGUCUAUGCACUCCCCUCUUCCUCGUUCUCCUGUUACCCCUCCUCAUCCUUAUUCCCCCCCUCUUUCUCCUCGUUAUUCUCGCCACACUCCCAACUCUCCUUAUUCUCCUUAUUCUCCUUCUUCUCCUUCUUCUCCUUCCUAUGGUCUUACAUCUCCCUCUUAUUCUCCCACUUCUCCCUCUGAUUCUCCUACCUAUCCUUGUUAUUCCCCUACGUCUCCCUCUUAUUCUCCCACGUCUCCUUCUUAUUCUCCGUCUUAUGCUCCUUAUGCUUCUUAUAAUCCUUAUAAUCCUUCACUGCAUGCUUUGCCUCCUCGAGGCAGAGCAGCAGCGAGGGGCGAAGCAGCAGAAGCAUGGGAGGUGAUGACGGUGGGAACAGGGGAGUUGGCAUCAUCAGCGUCAGCAGCAGCAGUGACAGCGAAGGCAAGGGGAGGGGCGGUAGUGCUGGUGGUGCUAGUGGUGGUAUUGGCGGUGGUGCUGCUGCUGCUGUUGGUGCUGGUUCUGGUGUUGGUGUUGCUAGUGAUGGGAGAAGGGUAGGGAGAGGGGACGGGGGAGAGGUGG